CCGAGCCCAGUCGAGCACCCAGAGACUCACGGAAGACCACCGGGCCGCUUGAACACAACUUUUAUUCCUGACACUUUUAUUUUGAAGAGCGGGGCCCGGCGAAUAUUCCGAGGAGACUUUUAUUUUUGAGAGCUGGAAAGGGAGCAAAACCCCGUCUUCGAAAGCGUUCAGAUCGAAGCGACUCCUCUUUUUUGGUGGAUCACUCUCAGAGGAGCUGUUGUUUUACUUCGUGGGACUUUUUAUCAGGAAAUCAGGAAGUUUGAAGAGCUCUGGUAACAACCUAUUGCUAUGCUAAAUAACUUUAUCCCAAACAUCCCAAUAUGAACUACCGAGACAGCUGCUUUACUUGAGCAAUUAACGCGAGAAAAUGCGAGAAGUGAGUCCAAAAGUGUGAAUCAAAGCACCUUGAAGAAGCACUCUGACGAGGAGAAAGAAGAAGGAGGAAAGAAGAGGAAGGACGGACGUCCCAUAACAAGAGAUGUGUUGUUGGGGGGGAGCUAAAGAGAAAAGAGACGGAUAAAGCCUGAGAGUGAGGCGGCUAAUUGCUCAGUCUGUCCCUCAUUAGCAUAUCCAAUGCGCGUCCCCUGGACUCUAGCCAAUCCUCCCCACCUUCACAAGGUGCCACUCAUCUCCAAGCAUUAUUCACUUUCAUAAUUAUCACACCGACAUGCGCAAACCCACGCAGUGCGGCGACAGCAAGAUUGGCUAAUUUCAUCGUUUGCCCCGCACUCCGCUUCAACACUCUUUUUGGAGAACUUUGGCGCGUCGACCGGUGCGCACUGCGCUGAUGUGUCAGCGCCGCGCGCACACACACACAGCCCCGGAGCGCCAAAGCACAAACAGCAACAGCAGCGGCAAGUACCGACACCGGUGCCGAUACCGGUGCCAGCAUGUCCCGACGCAAGCAAGCCAAGCCGCAGCACCUCAAGUCCGAUGAGGACCCGCCACUGAGCGGGCUCAUUUCUCAGCAUGCCGGAGGUGAGGUGCUGGAUGAUGCCGACAGCGGGAAUGAAAGCCGCAGUGGCAGUGAAGAGACUCAUGUGUGUGAGAAGUGUUGUGCUGAGUUCUUCAAGUGGGCAGAUUUCUGUGAACAUUUAAAGAGCUGCACCAAGAACCCACUGGUGCUUAUUGUUAACGACAAUGAGGAAACGUCUAUUCCGUCCCAGGAAUACCCAGAACCCUCCCCUGUGCCCAGUUGCCCAAGUGAGCAGGCUGACAGCGAAGAUGCCAGGGAGGGCCAACACUCUCUUGCUAGUGAUGGCGAAGAUGUCCCAGAGGUAGCCACCUCAAAUGGGGUCAGUGUCCUAGAAAAAGAGGAGGAGGAUAUGGAGGUGGAACUAUCCUCUGAACAAAACAUGGAUCUCGAUGAAAGAGAUGUGGCGUCCCCUGAAGCAGAUGGUUCUCUACCUCAGCUUGAUGAUGUUGCUCCCCCAAGUGUUGCCAGUUAUACAAUGCCAAGCACUAAUGUUACCCUGGAAACUCUACAUGGCACCCGGGUGGCAGUUGCCCAGUUUUCUCAGAGCAUAAGGGCAGCAGCAGGAGGUGGAGUUUCCACCCUGGCUAUCCCCAUGAUCUUGGACCAGCUGAUGGCCCUUCAGCAGCAGCAGAUACAUCAGCUGCAGUUGAUAGAACAAAUCCGAAGUCAAGUGGCGCUGAUGAACAGACAGUCUGCUUCACAGCCUGCACUUAACCACCACAACACUGUCGCUGGAAACCCGGGGCCGAUAUCCUCUGGCGCCCCUUCAGUUGCAAGUCAACUUCAACUCCACAACUUUAUCACUCCCCCUGUCCAUCAGCUCCCUGUGAGGUUGCCAGCCUCUCUCAACGGUCAGAGUUCAUCACCUCUGACCUCUGCAUUAGAAGGGCCUCUCUCUCAAGCAUCACAAAGUCGAAGUCAGCAGUCCAGCUCUUCAAUCCCCAACACAUCCUCUAGCAGUUCAAUGUUUCCCCCACCCACUGCCUCUGGAUUGCCAUCUCUUCUUCCCUCCUGUUCAUCCUCACUCACCAACAUAAGCAUGAGCAAUAGUGUAACCGGAAGUGAUGGCAUCAGUAGCAGUUCCACUCAUCCCAGAAACGCCAACACUCCGCCGUCACUCAGUCACAACAGCCUCCUGAGCUCCGCUUCCAGUCUACCACUGAUACCUCAUAGUUCAUCAAGCAGCGUUAUCUUUCCAAACCCGUUGGCCAGCAUAGCAGCAACAGCCAAUGCACUUGACCCUCUAUCUGCUUUGAUGAAACAUCGCAAGGGAAAGCCCCCAAAUGUGUCUGUUUUUGACACAAAGCCAAGCUCCGAAGACCCUUUUUUCAAGCACAAGUGUCGAUUCUGUGCCAAGGUGUUUGGCAGUGACAGUGCACUACAAAUCCACCUGCGUUCCCACACUGGAGAAAGGCCUUACAAAUGCAACAUAUGUGGUAACAGAUUCUCUACCAAGGGAAACCUUAAAGUACAUUUCCAAAGGCACAAGGAAAAAUACCCUCAUAUUCAAAUGAAUCCCUACCCUGUGCCAGAGUACCUGGACAAUGUACCCACUAGCUCCGGCAUACCAUAUGGUAUGUCUUUGCCCCCAGAAAAACCUGUCACCACAUGGCUUGAUAGUAAACCCGUUCUCCCUACUGUUCCCACCUCAGUUGGGCUCCAACUACCUCCCACUUUACCUAGUAUGAUGGGGGGUUUUGGUGAUUCUGCGAGCCUCACACCGCUCAAUAGGUCCCCUCAAAGACCAUCUCCCCCAUCAAGUGAAUGUGCAUCUUUGUCCCCAAAUAUCGUUAUUGACUCUGGAAUUACCACUACUUCAACGUCUCCUAAACCCAGCCUAGGCAGUGAUGUACCUCCUGUCCUAAAACCUGAAGGUGUUCUUCUGCCACCGACAUGUUCUACUCGGCCAGGGGAAAACACCACAACCACAACAACAGUAACUCAUGUGGUUCUUUCCACGGCAGUCACCUCCACAACAAUGGCAACCUCUGGCCAGGUUACUGAACCCAUCAACAGCCCCAACCUUACUUCAAACCCAGUGUCCCAUCCUGUUCUCCCCAUGCUCUCAGAUCAGUUUAAGGCUAAAUUCCCAUUUGGAGGCCUCCUAGACUCUAUGCAAACUUCCGAGACAUCGAAGUUGCAGCAGCUUGUUGAAAACAUUGACAAGAAAAUGACAGACCCCAACCAGUGCGUCAUCUGCCAUCGUGUUCUGAGCUGCCAGAGUGCUCUCAAGAUGCAUUACCGCAUCCAUACUGGUGAGAGACCUUUCAAAUGUAAGAUAUGUGGGCGGGCAUUCACUACCAAAGGAAAUCUGAAAACGCAUUUUGGUGUUCAUCGGUCGAAACCCCCGCUACGAGUCCAGCACUCGUGUCCUAUAUGUCAGAAAAAGUUCACCAAUGCUGUUGUUCUGCAACAGCACAUUCGUAUGCACAUGGGCGGGCAGAUCCCAAACACUCCGGUCCCUGACAACCUGCAGGAAAUGGACACAGAUCUUUCAUUUGAUGAGAAGAGCAUAGAUGCAAUGAGUAAUUAUGAUGAUGAUCUUCUGGAUGAAAUGGAGCAGGCUAUAGAUGAUGAAGUUGACCUAAAAGAGGGCGGAAUGGACCCAUUAAAACCUUAUUCACCUGAAAGCUCUCCACCAACUUCCAUAAUGUCCAGCAUUGCUGCUAUGGAGAACCAGAUGAAGAUGAUUGACUCCACUGCAAAAAUAACCAGUUCAUUCAGUCAAAAGCCUACACAAAAUUGUAGCAGCUACGGAGGCCAGAAUGAAUGUUUUACCAGCGACUGCCUAUCUGCCGUAGGGGAUGCAGAGUCCCAGAGCUUGGGAAGCCCUGCGUUGUCAGAGUCCUCUAGUUCUUUGCAACAUUUGUCCCCAGCUCAUAGUCACUCUGAGAGCCAACAAUCCAAGUCCCCAGCUGCUCUCAACAAUAACAACAGGGCCAUAGCAGUCGAAGAUGGCCACGAAAACAAUGUAGCUGGCUUGGCAACAGUGAAGUCUGAAAAAUCAGACACCCCAUCGCCACUUCCUGCAACAGAAAGCAAUGGGGCCCUGGACCUGACCGCAACUCAACCAAGCAGACACUUUAUCAAGGAGGAAAGCCACUUCAGUAUGCUGUUUCUGAAUAGAGAUCGAGGUCUAAACACUCCUAACUUGGCCAGCACCGCAUCAAAUAUGAUCAAAAUGGAAAUUAAUGGACACAGCAAGCCAAUGUCUCUGGGUGACAAUUCCACCCUGCCGGUGGGCAUCCAGGUUCCUGCUGCUGCAGCUCCCCAGACCACGCUGAGCCCCAGCACCAACCCCAUGUUAGCUCCUCCGCCACCACGACGUACCCCAAAGCAGCACAACUGCCACUCUUGCGGGAAGAAUUUCUCUUCUGCCAGUGCUUUGCAAAUCCACGAGCGCACACACACUGGAGAAAAACCAUUUGCCUGCUCUAUCUGUGGACGGGCUUUCACCACAAAAGGCAAUCUAAAGGUCCACAUGGGAACACACAUGUGGAACAACGCACCAGCACGCAGGGGACGGCGACUAUCUGUGGAAAAUCCCAUGGCCCUGUUGGGCGGGGAUGCCAUGAAGUUCAGCGAGAUGUUCCAAAAGGACCUGGCAGCUCGAGCUAUGAACGUCGAUCCCGGUUUUUGGAACCAGUAUGCAGCCGCCAUCACCAACGGCUUGGCCAUGAAGAACAAUGAAAUCUCUGUGAUCCAAAACGGAGGUAUCACGCAGCUGCCCGUCAGCCUCGGUGGUGCAGGAAUCACUUCAAUGGGGGCCAUGCCUGGUGCAAUGGACCGUCUCCACACAGGCAGCAGCCCUCCUAUGACCGCGAUGGAAAAAGCUACACUUGAGGUCGGUGCAAGCCGUCCCUUCUCCAGGUAUAUGGAGGAAAACAAAGAAAUUGGGAUCAAUUAAAGAAAGGCAACUUUCUUGAAGCAAAGACUAAAAGUCUAACAACACAGAGAGAAACUGCUGAUCCAAUCUAAAACUUGUUACUAUACUAUGUACAGAAGAAAUAUUUUUUGCUUUUGAAAAUACUCUAUUUAGUGUUGAUUUGAAGUCUUUACCUUUCACCCAUUCCCUUUUCAAUUGAUAUUAUGAAAGAUGCUUUGUCUCUUGUUUGGGAACACGUUGUCUUGCAAGAUUUGCAUGAUACUUACAGUUUUUACCUGUAUGUUUGACUGCUUUUAUGAAUUCCUCUGAAAACCAGGAUUUUGCCUUAUUCAAAAUAAGCAAACAUCUUGGAAAGGACUAAAACAGAAAAGAAAGAAAGUUUGUUCAUAGGCAUUCAGUCAACCUUCACUAUGAGUGUUCUUUUAGAUUCAAAAAAGGGCCAUGGAUAGACUGCCGUAUUGUGUUUUUGUGCUCACCUGAUAUUUUCUUUCUCAUGAACUACAAAACUUGAAAAAAAAAUGUUUUAACUAUUUUAAUCUUUACAGUUAGUCUCCAAGCAUUGUCUUAUACUAUUGUCCUGUGUCUUUAGUAUUUAUGAUAUUGACAAAAAAAAGCGGGUAUACAGAAAUAUAUUUAAUGGCCCAAGCAUUUUAUCAAUACUUUUUUCGUUCAAACCGCAGGCUUCACUGGUGAAUAUCUCUUUCAGUAAAGACACCAAGUCAUUUGAGUUAGAAAACUGAGAAAAAGUGUAGGUUUUUAUUUGGAUAUCCGGUGACACGAUGUGUAUAGUACAUGGGGACAACAUUAUAUGAGGCUGGAGAUGUCCAAAGCUGCUAUGACCACAACCCUGCUUUUAACCUUUGUAAAAAGAAAAAAAGAAGUGAUCCUUUUGGAGAAAUAUCUAUGUAUAGAAAUACAGACAAAUCUAAAACAGGUAUGCAUAUUUUGUAUCUCAUAAAGAUAGACAUCAUGAGUUGAGAGUAUUUGUCAUGUUUGUGAAUGCACUUUUUAAAAAUGACACGUUUUGUCUGUGAUACUGUUAACCUUUUGACUGAGCUCUCUAUCAUGUGCUGUUUUCCUUGUUUUCAGCUUGCCACUCCUACAAUUUGCAGUUGGUUAUUGCAUUUGUGCUACUCUUUGGAGUGCAAGGUCAUCAGUCAAUCAAAACCUUCGUAAAUAAAAAAA